CAAAACCAGAUUACGCUGUUGAAGAUGUCUGCCCUUCAAACUAUUAGCAAUCAUUCUUUGCGAAAUUGUAUUCGACUAUUCGGUGUCUCAUCGUCCAAUCUUUACAAAUCUUUGGGACAGAGGUCUUUCUCUCAAAAACAAGAGGGUAUUCCUGCAGCUUCAGAUAACCUAGGAUGGUUCAAAAAACUUUUACCUAUCAGGAGUAUCGAUCCAGGAAAAGAGUCACAUUCGGUCCUUUUAGCAGAGAAGGAAAUCGUUUAUGAGCUACAAUUUCAUCAAGUUAAACCAGAAUUUAUGGUAGAAUAUCUGAAGGAAUUCGAAAAUUUCGUUUCGAUUACCACUGAGAAAAAAACCGGGGCCGAGCUAGUCGGUAGUUGGACAGUUGAAAUUGGAGAUCAGGACGAAGCAGUUCACUUAUGGAAAUAUCCUGGAGGAUAUGAAGUUCUUAACGAAGCAACGGAAGUAUAUCGGACUGAUCCACAAUUGGAAAAAUUUCGUUUAAACCGAAAUAAAAUGCUUAGAUCUAGAAAAAAUCAGAUUCUCUUGGCUUUUAGCUUCUGGGGCGAACCGAAACAACGACCAGCCGAAAAGAACAUAUAUGAGUUACGUAGCUAUGUUUUGAAGCCAGGUACUAUGAUUGAAUGGGGAAAUAAUUGGGCUCGUGGACUGCGAGCUAGAAAAAUGUACAAUGAAGCUGUAGCUGGUUUAUUCACGCACAUUGGUGACUUAUAUACCAUUCACCAUAUGUGGGCUUAUGAUAACCUGCACGAGAGGAAGAGAGUUAGAGAGGCUGCUUGGAGACGACCAGGAUGGGAUGAUUGUGUUGCGUAUACAGGUCCUAUAACUGUUGCUGAUUAUAUGAAAGAAGUUUUAACCAAUCCAAAUUAUGGUUAUUAUAUGCACAGAGAUGUAUUUGGUAAAGGAGGAGAUUUUAUAACAUCACCAGAAAUUAGUCAAAUGUUUGGCGAGCUAAUUGCUGUAUGGUGUGUUCAUGAAUGGAUGAACGCGGGAAAACCAAAAAAACUACAAGUAGUAGAAUUAGGUCCUGGACGAGCUACGCUGGCUGAUGAUAUGUUAAGAACAUUUAGAAAAUUUUCAGAAUUGAACGAUAUCGUUUCGUUAAACCUAAUUGAAGUCAGUCCCAAAAUGAAGCAGCUACAACACGCAAAGCUUUGUCAGACAGGAAUUUUAGAUGAUAAGAUACCCAAUCUUAAUACUUCCAUGACAAGAUACAAUAUACCGGUAACAUGGCAUAAUGAUAUUCAACUUCUUCCUGAAGAAUUUACAUUCUUUAUUGCUCAUGAGUUUUUUGAUGCUCUGCCCAUUCAUGUCUUCUUAAAAAAUGAAGAACUUUGGAGAGAAGUUUUGGUUGAUGUUGAUGAAAGUGGAGAAAACCUACGAUUCGUACAGUCUAGACAAUCGACUAUUUCAUCAAAAUUAUAUAAAUUAAAUGAAUAUAGUAAUGGUCGAAACAUUUUUGAAUUUAGUCCAGAAACUGGUCUAAAUGUUGAGGCAAUAUCUAAAAGAUUAAAGAGAUAUGGAGGUUUCGGUAUGAUCAUUGACUAUGGCCACUUCGGAACAAAGGAAGAUACUUUUAGAGCUUUUAAAAAGCACAAAUUACAUCAUCCUCUUAAAGAUCCCGGAGAAGUUGAUCUUACCGCCGAUGUAGACUUCCAUUACAUGAAAAAAGUUGCAGAGAAAGAUGUUAAGGUCUUUGGUCCUGUCAAUCAAGGAGACUUUUUACAUCAAAUGGGAAUUUCUAUUAGAUUACAGAUGCUACUCGAAAACGCCAAUGAGAAAGAUAAGGAAAAUUUAAUGAGUGGAUACAAAAUGUUGACUGAAAAAGACCAAAUGGGUGAAAGAUUUCAAUUUCUUUCACUUUUAUCCCCUAAACAUUGUAACGAAAAUUAUGAACCAGCUGGAUUCUCAACGAAGAAAUCUUAA